AUGCCUGAUAAAAGGGAAUUUGAUCACAAUAAUGCAACUGGUGACACACCCAUUCACCAAUCCAUCAGCCCAUCUGUUCAGAAAAAGAGACAUCGUAGACGUGCAUUUACUUCAUGCGUACGAUGUCGCAGGCGUAAAGUCAAGUGCGAUCGCAAGCAUCCCUGUACAAGAUGUAUCAGGGCGGGCAUGCGGUGCGAGUAUACAUUAAAAGGUGAAACUUCUAAUGCUAACAGAGAGUGUCACUCAACUGAAGGAUAUUCCACUCGACAGGAAUCGCAUACUGCUAAGGAAUCCGUCAUACCAACCGAAUCUCAUCUCAAACCACUCCUGGACCGCGUAAAAAUGCUUGAGAGAGAAGUUGAGAGUCUCAAAAGUGGUAUAAGAGUAAAGCAUAGUGUCAUUGUGCCCGAUCCACUCAAUAGAGCCUUGCCAUCGAUGAAGCAAUCAUUAAUUAUCUCGAACAAGAUUGGAACUAACUACCUGGGACCAACCUGUCGAAUGUGGUUCUUUGCCACCAUGCCUGCAAUCCUCGAUUAUCUGGGAGAGCUUCUUGCUUUAAAGGGAAAGGAGAAGCAGCACUGGCUUGAAACGCACCCUUCCUGGCGGGCAGAGGUUGGCCCUCUCAACACAGAGCCCGGAGAUAGUGUAUCUUUUGUGCUGGCUGCUGCUACUGCAAACCUCCCUGCCUUUGAAGAACGUGUGUUUUACUUUCAGCGCUACUUGAACCCCUUGGUCUUCCACGGCUGUAUCCCAAUGGACCUUGUUCAUUCGUUACUGUUCAAGUAUUUCAGUGGUAGUAAUAGAGACUGGGGUACUGAGGACUCACAAGAUUUCUCCUACUUACGUUGCGGUGAUCUGGCACUUGUCUCAGCUGUGGUAUGCACAACCUGCAUGUUUACACGACUUGAUAACAGCACACGACCCAUGUUCGCCUACGAGCUACCCUGUAAGGCCAGCGAGCUUUUUGCAGCAUUUGUGCGGCUUCUCAAUGCAGCCCACUUCUCGGCACACCCAACACAUGUCUCUCUACUUUCAUUGCUUAUACUCUGUGAGAGCUCAUUGCUAUGUAAAGGAUCUGCAGAUACCCACUGCGAGAUUGAUUCAUAUCCCAUUUUUCAGCUAUGUGUCUCUACUUGCUUGCAGAUGGGAAUCCAUCUAGAUGUAGAUACAGCAUGCCCACUCAUACUCGCCCAGGGUUCGCAAGAUGAACGUCGUUAUGUCUCCCAGCAUUUUCAGACAGCAAUCUGGAAUUUCAUGCUGAGGGAAGAUGCCUUUUAUUCGGUUAUGAUUGGUACGCCUUUGCUACUCAAUGACUACACUUGCCACGAUAGUACUAAGUCAUCUCUAUCAACACUCUGUGCAACUAGCGUGCACAUUGAACGUGAAGUUGCUACUGCACUAAAUUCUACAGCACCGGUGUCUGUCAGCAUCAUCCUCAAAUUGAUUACACGUGUGUCAAACUUCUGUCGCCACUUACCGUCUCUGUUGCAACGUUCGCAUGCUCGCGGUACUCCUGAGAUGAAUCUCGACAUGUUGGCUUUUACAGUUCGUCAGAAGCUUGUAUGCUUGCAACUCUUACAGCGUCUGUAUCGGAUGGUGAUGGAAGGUAUUUCGGCGCUCGUAUCAGACCAUUCCGACGAGUGGGACAAAAUUUCUGAUACAGGACAGAACAGACUUGAGAGGCUUUCUGCAUGCAUGUCUCUGAAAUGUCUUAUGGCAGUGGUUGCUUCAUUGUACAUUGUAAAGGCCAUUGUUGCUGGGCAGACGGUAUUUGAAGUCUGUAAUAAUGGGAGAUACAUGAUGUAUUUCCGGGACAUGAUCACAACUGUGCUAGGCCACUGUACCACAGCUUGGUUUACAUAUGUUCUUCCUGAGGCUUCCGGUAGUACGGAAUGGCAAAAGCACUUUCUUGAGACACGACGGUACGCAUCGAAUGGGGUUAGUAAAAGAGAUGAAAUAGGGAAUAAUGGUGACGAAAUCACCCUUGAGUUAGUAGAAGAUGCUCUAUUCAGUAGGAUAGAUAACGGACAAGAGGAUAUUGGGGAUUAUGUGGAGGAUAAGGUGGAGAAUGAAACUGGAAAGAAAGAAAAACAGGAAAAAGCACAGCACCAACAGGAACUUCAGCUUGGAAAAGACUUGUUUCUGAGACUCAGUAGACUGCAAGAAAUGCUAAAGUUUGCUGAUGACACAUUUGUGAGCAAUAAGGUAAUCCGCAGCAGUUUUGAGUCAUUCCUCACAGCAAGGAGUGCCGCAUUCUGGAUAUAUGUUUUAAGAACGGUAGAGGAAUGCAGAAAACUGUUGCUGACAAAGCAGAUUACUGUGCUGGAUAUUAUGGAGAAGAUGAGGAUACGACUGAUUCGGGAGUUUGAUGCCAAUCCCCCUGGGAAGGUUGAUAAUACUCUCAAUAGUAAUGAGGGUGAUAGUCUAGAUGGGAUUCUUGAUAAUGUGCUGAACGCAUCAAACGAGCAGUAUUUCGGUGAUAUCGACCUUUUGGACCCGGAUAACCUUUUCAGCACAGAUGAUGAGCUUUUAAAAGCGUACCAAAAUAUUUAA